GAGAGAGAGAGAAAUAGUUGGCACAAGAGUAGGAAAAGGGAGGGAAAGAGUUAAAUGUGUGUCUCCUGGGGAGAAGCACAUAGUCAAUAACCAGGUCUCCAGUAAACAUCUAUGAACCUUCUCUAUAAAGCUGCUGUGCUACUGCAUGGACCCAAGGAUCAAAGAAGACAUAUCAGCUUCAAUUCCAGUUUAAUUAUCAGUCUAACAGAGUGGAAACCAUUGAGCUCCAGCAUAGAACAGUAGCAAGUUGUAGUGGCAGGAGCUUGCCAGGAAUUAAAUCUUUUGAUGCUGAAAAGAGCCAAGACAAAGUGAGCAGAGAUCAACCAGCUAAACAGAAAAUGACAGCUGCAGCAGCUCAGGAACUUGACGAGCGAUGUUUCCUGUCGGCGCAGUCCAUGCCCAGUCUGAAGGUAUCCGAACACUUCCAAGUGGUAAAGCUCCUGGGAGAGGGAUCCUAUGGAAAGGUCAUGUUAGCUGUGCACAGAAAGAGAGGAACCCCAAUGGCUCUGAAGUUUUUCCCUCGUCAGUCCACCUCCCUCACCUCUUUCCUGCGUGAAUACAAUCUCUCCCUUUCUUACUGCACCCAUCCGUCUCUGACACGGGCCCUUGGCAUCUUCUUUUCCACACCAUCCUACUAUGUCUUUGCCCAGCAAGCUGGUCUAUACGGUGAUCUCUACAAUGUCAUUGUGUCAGAGGUUGGGGUGGAUGAAGAGUGUGUCCAGAGAUUGAUGUCCCAGCUGAGCGGGGCCGUUACACAUCUCCACUCCCUGGGCUUUGUCCACCGUGACAUCAAACCUGAGAAUAUCUUCCUGUGUGACAAUUCCUGUCGCUGGGUCAAACUUGGGGACUUUGGCCUUGCCCGGGCCAUCGGCUCCACUGUUCGCGCCGUCUGGUACGAGUCUCCCUUCUGCACGCCUGAGGUAGAACCUGCCAAGGAGGCUCAAAAGGAGUGGAAUGGGACCGAGGAGGAGAUGGAGGACAUUUGGAUAACAGUGGAGCCCUGUAUUGACAGCUGGGCCCUUGGUAUACUCGUCUAUUGCCUCUUGACUAGCUGCUUCCCCUGGGAGGAGAGCACCCACGAUGACCGCGGCUACCGUAGAUUCAAGGAGUGGUUUGAUCGUGAAGAUGAAAAGGAGGAGAAGAUGAGGGAUGAAGAAAGGAGAGGUGAGGAGGAAAUGGACAGUUACACAAUCAUGAAGGAGAGCCAGAGGGACAACCCUCCACCCUCACAGUUUGAGGGCCUCAGCCCACUAGUGAUGACUCUUUUUAAGGAGCUUCUCCACCCUGUGCCCAAACACAGAGGGAGCCCCGAGGAGAUCCUGAGUUACCUGGGAGGGCCAUGGCUGACGGAGACAGAGAUUGAGGAGAAGAAGAAGGCAGAUGAGGCAGAGAGGGAGGCCAGAAAAUUAAGAGAGGGAGGAGGUGUAGAAGAAGAGCUGUUAAGGGAAGGAAGAGGAGAGAGAUAAGCUUUGUCUUUUUGAAAAAAUUUAAGAUGGGUUUUAAUGAAUAUAACGUGUUUGAAAAACAUUGCUACUAUGUACUUUUGUGUAUGAUUAUCGAUCUAAACAAAUACAGACGUGUGUUCUAUAAGGUGCUAUAUUUUCAUAUUUUUAAUAAAUAUCCUUAUUAAAGUUACCACUUCAAUUGUAUAUAUUCCAAUGUGUGUGUUUAUAUGUAUGUAUGUGUGUCUUAAUGAAAGAAGUCAAUAGAUAUAUAGAUAGUGUGAUGUUGAUGAAACUGCGAGCUGCAUUAUAGUGUCUUAAAUAAUCUGUAUUGCAAUUGUUGUAAAAUAAACCUCUUGCAUUUAA